AUGCCGUCAGUACGGGUCCCGGAAAGGGGAGCGCCGAAAUUUAAGAAGCCCGCCGUAAAGGCAAAGGGCCUGAAGCGCAAGCGGGAUGAGGAGGAGCUGGCAGAGCUGGAGAAGAGGGUUUCGGAGUUUGAUUUGCAAGCGACAGAGUUCACGGAACUGCCAUUGACGAAGCAGACGGCGGCGGGGCUGCACAAGGCGCAUUUCAAGACGCUGACGGACAUCCAGCGCAAGGCGAUCCCGCUCGCGCUGAAGGGGCGGGAUGUGCUGGGGGCGGCAAAGACGGGGAGUGGGAAGACGCUUGCGUUUAUUGUUCCUGUACUCGAGAUCCUCUACCGCAAGAAAUGGACCACCCUCGACGGCCUCGGCGCGCUCAUCAUCUCGCCCACGCGCGAGCUCGCAACCCAGAUCUUCGAGGUACUGCGCAAGGUCGGCGGCCACCACACCUUCUCCGCCGGCCUGGUCAUCGGCGGCAAGAGCGCCAAGGAGGAGCGCGAGGCCCUCCACAAAAUGAACAUCGUCGUGUGCACGCCCGGCCGCAUGCUGCAGCACCUCGACCAGACGUUCGGCCUCAACGUGGACAACGUGCAGCUGCUCGUGCUCGACGAGGCCGACCGCAUCCUCGACAUGGGCUUCCGCGCGACGGUCGACGCCAUUGUCGCCAACCUCCCGCGGACCCGCCAGACGCUCCUGUUCUCGGCGACGCAGACGCGCAAUGUGGGCGAGCUGGCGAGGCUGGGCUUGAAGGACGCCGAGUAUGUGGCCGUGCAUGAGGCGGCCGAGGCGGCGACCCCCGCGCGCCUGGAGCAGUUCUAUAUGGUGGUGCCGCUGCAGGAGAAGCUCGACACGCUGUUUGCGUUUCUGCGGAACCAUCUGCAGGCGAAGAUUAUUGUCUUUAUGACCUCGUGCAAGCAGGUCCGCUUCGUGUACGAGACGUUCAGACAGCUGCAUAUCGGCCUGCCGCUGCUGCACCUGCACGGGAAGCAGAAGCAGACGGCGCGCGCGGAGGUCACGGCCCGCUUUGCGGCGGCCAAGAAUGGCUGCUUGUUUGCGACGGAUGUGGUGGCGCGCGGCCUCGACUUUCCCGCGGUCGAUUGGGUGCUGCAGGUGGAUGCGCCCGAGGACGCGGAGACGUAUAUCCACCGCGUGGGCCGCACGGCGCGGUUCGAGAAGAUGGGCCGCGCGGUGCUGUUUCUGGCGCCGAGCGAGGAGGGGGCGUUUGUGGCGAGGCUGGUGGCGAAGAAGGUGCCCGUGGCGAGGGUGAAUGCGAAGGCGGCCAAGAGGCAGAGCGUGCAGACGCAGUUGCAGGCGCUGUGUUUUAAGGAUCCGGAGGUUAAGUAUUUGGGGCAGAAGGCGUUUGUGAGCUAUUGUAGGAGUGUGAGUGUGCAGAAGGAUAAGGAGGUGUUUAGGCUGGAGGAGCUGCCGCUGGAGGAGUAUGCGGCGUCCUUGGGGCUGCCCGGGGCGCCGAGGAUUAGGGGGUUGAAGAGUGUGGAUGCGGAGAGGGUGAAGGAGUUGAAGAAUGCGCCGCGCGGGCUGAAGGCGCUGGAGAAGGAGGUGAGUGGGGAUGAGGAUGAGGAGGAGGAGGUGGUGGUGGUGGAGGGGGUGAAGGAGAGGAAGAAGAAGGAGGUGAGGACGAAGUAUGAUAGGAUGGUUGAGAGACAAAACCAAAACGUCCUCGCAGACCACUACAAGAACCUCAUCGUCGACGACCCCACCGCCGCCGGCGCCUCCUCCGACUCCGAAGGCGACUUCCUCACCGUCAAGCGCACCGGCUACGACAGCGACAGCGACAGCGACUCCUCCACCUCCUCCACCCCUUCCACCACCAAGCCCAAAACAAUAGACCUCGCCGGAACCACCCUCACCAUCGAAUCCAAGCGGCGCGAAAAAAUGAUGACCUCCAAGAAGGAGCUGGCCAAGCUCAAGCCGCGCGGCACGCGGCUGGUCUUUGACGAUGACGGCAACGCGCGGCCGCUGUAUGAGCUGCAGGGGAUCGAGACGUUCCGUGAGGCCGGGAGCGCGGAGGAGCAGCGGAGACGGUUUGUGGCGGUGGAGGGGGAGAGGGUGAAGGUGGCGGAUGUGGAGGAUCGGAGGGUGGCGAAGGAGAAGAGGAGGGAGAGGAGGGAGAGGAGGAGGAGGAGGGAGGAGGAGGAGGGGGGGGCGAGGGGGGUGGAGGGUGGGGAGGGGGGCGGGGAGGAGGGGGGGUUGGUGCCGUAUGAGGCGCCGUUGGGGUGGGAGGGUGGGAGUGGGAGUGGGAGUGAGGAGGAGGAGGAGGUGCAGGAGGUGCAGGAGGUGGAGGAGAGGGAGAAGAAGAGGCAGAGGAAGUGGUUUGAGGAUGAUCCGGAGGAUGAGGAGGAGGGGAGGAAGGGGAGGAAGGGGAGGAAGGGUAAGAAGGGCAGGGUUAUUGAGGCCGCCGAGGAGCCGGAGACCUUGGAGGACUUGGAGGCGCUGGCUAGUGGCUUGCUGGGGUAG